UGUUCGCGCAAAGUUGUCAGUUUAAAUACGUGUUUUCAUAUUGCUGCAUAAAUCUUUUGUUAUUUCAGAAGUGAUAUAUUUUGUUUAAAUAAUGUCAACUCUCGCAGCCACAAAUACUCUUCAAGCAGAAGAUGACAGCGAGGAAUAUAAUCCACAAGUAAAAUUAAUAAAAACUCUCGAAGGAAAUGGAAUAACAGCAGGAGAUAUAAAAAAGUUAGAAGAAGCUGGUUACUAUACCGUAGAAGCUGUGGCCUAUGCUCCUAAAAAGUGUCUAAUUGCUAUUAAAGGUAUCAGUGAAGCUAAGGCAGAUAAAAUUUUACAAGAAGCUUCAAAACUAGUUGUGAUGGGAUUUAAAAGUGCCACUGAAAUUCAUCAAACACGAUCAAAUAUAGUUUUUGUGACAACUGGUUCCAGUGAAUUAGAUAGACUAUUAGGAGGUGGUAUAGAAACUGGUUCUAUUACAGAAAUUUUUGGAGAGUUCAGGUCAGGAAAGACUCAAUUGUGCCACACACUUGCAGUUAAUUGUCAAUUACCUAUAGAUAUGGGAGGUGCAGAAGGAAAAUGUCUUUACAUAGAUACAGAAGGAACUUUUAGACCUGAAAGAUUAAUUGCUGUUGCAGAAAGGUAUAAAAUUGCAGGUGACUCUGUAUUAGACAAUGUAGCUUGUGCUAGAGCCUAUAAUACAGACCAUCAAACUCAAUUACUAAUUCAGGCUAGUGCUAUGAUGACAGAAAGCAGAUAUGCAUUGUUAAUAGUAGAUAGUGCAACUGCUUUGUAUAGAACUGAAUAUUCUGGAAGAGGAGAAUUAAGUGCAAGACAAAAUCAUUUAGGUAGGUUCCUUAGAAUGUUACUGAGAAUAGCAGAUGAACAUGGUGUUGCUGUUGUUAUAACAAACCAAGUUGUGGCACAAGUUGAUGGUGCAGCCAGUAUGUUUGGUGGUGAUCAGAAAAAACCUAUUGGUGGUCAUAUUAUAGCACAUUCCAGUACUACAAGAUUAUAUUUACGUAAAGGCAGAGGGGAAACUAGAAUAUGUAAAAUUUAUGAUUCACCUUGCCUGCCUGAGAGUGAAGCAAUGUUUGCUAUAAAUGCAGAUGGUAUUGGAGAUGUUAAAGAAUAA